AUGGGGGAGUUGCGCGCGUGCAACACCUGCGCCGCGUGCAACACCUGCGCCGCGUGCAACACCUGCGCCGCGUGCAACACCUGCGCCGCGUGCAACACCUGCGCCGCGUGCUACACCUGCGCCGCGUGCUACACCUGCGCCGCGUGCUACACCUGCGCCGCGUGCUACACCUGCGCCGCGUGCUACACCUGCGCCGCGUGCUACACCUGCGCCGCGUGCUACACCUGCGCCGCGUGCUACACCUGCGCCGCGUGCUACACCUGCGCCGCGUGCUACACCUGCGCCGCGUGCUACACCUGCGCCGCGUGCUACACCUGCGCCGCGUGCUACACCUGCGCCGCGUGCUACACCUGCGCCGCGUGCAACACCUGCGGAGUCGCCACUGCAUUUCACAUGGAUAUACACAUCGAAAAGUGUAUCCCUUUUCCCUGUGUAUAUUUACUUUGA